GCAAGAAGGAAACUCACUGCAACGGAAAUGUCAUCAGGUGUAUGUUGUUGUCUCCCGGUAACCCGGUAAAGUGAGCACCGUGACCAUGACGCUGUCUGCACGGUAGAGUAAAAUAUGAAUAAUGUGUCCAGUCGGAGGUGACUGCGUUUUAACAGCCGGACAUUCCUGAUGUUGUUAUCGAUCAGCCAGUCAGACGUUAUUAGGUAAUAUAUUAUAUAGAGAGAGCAGAACAUGGCUGCUGAGCCAACAGGACCGAGAGGAUCAUCAUCAGCCAGCAGCCCGACCGGGUUUGAAGGUUUCCCGUUUGCAGUGACCCCCAAAGCACCGGAGGACAGCUCCGGUAGAGAGCAGGAGCAGACCGGGGAUGUGAAGAAGAAGAAGCCGUGCAGAGCUUGUACGGACUUUAAAUCCUGGAUGAAGGUCCAGAAGAAGGACACGACAGCUGCUGCACAGGAGACCCGAGCUGCAGAGUCAGAGCCACAACGAGACCCACAGUGUCCGUUGGACAGGGAAGAGUUGGGGCGUAACACCUGGUCCUUCCUGCACACUAUGGCAGCGUAUUACCCCGACCGUCCGUCUCUUACCCAGCAGCAAGAGAUGGGGCAGUUCAUCAACCUUUUCUCCAAGUUCUUCCCAUGUGAUGAGUGCGCAGAAGACCUCAGGGGCAGAUUGAAAACCAAUCAGCCAGACGCCAGGAGUUGCCACUCUCUUUCUCAGUGGCUCUGUCGCAUCCACAAUGACGUCAACGUCCGGCUGGGCAAGCCUGAGUUUGACUGCUCCCGUGUGGAUGAGAGGUGGAAAGAUGGAUGGAAAGAUGGUUCCUGUGACUGAGUGAUGAGAGAUGUGAAGACCGAGCGGAGACCUGAGAGGAGAACUUCUUUCUGUCGGUGCAAAACUUUGAAUGCCACAAAGUGGAGCUCAUGUCUCUUUUGUGGAAAACACUUUACGAGAAGGGAGAGAGGCCAGGUGGUACAUUGCAAAUCUUUGUCAUGUGGUCAGUUAAUAUAACUGAUCUGGCAAUAAAACUAAAGAUACAAAACAAAUGCGUAUCCCUCUCUGUUUCUCAGGAUAGAACCAAAACUCAUAGCAAAGUUUCACUGAACUUCUUGUUAAUUCUGGUUAUUCAGGAGUGUUAAAAUUGUGUGAUACUGAAGUGUUUUUGGAAAUUUUACAUCCAAUCUUGUGUGAAAUGGAAAACAUAUUUUCGACCAACAUAGCCCUGAUUUGUCUGUUAAAGCAGUGAGUUAGUUACAAACUGAUUUGGCUAUUAAAAUGUUGUUUCCAGGACUGUUCUAAGUUGUGUUUUGAAGUCUUGUUUAACCCAGAAGAAUCACUACAACUCUAAAUAUUACAUUCUUAAUGUGAUGAAAAAUAUGUAAUAUAUAAAUCUCAUUUCGUCAGUGAUUAAUUAGAGCUAUCACUUAUAAAAUACUUUUAAAUAUUUCAGAAAAAUAUAUAUAUUUUACAUAAUGAUGAAGAUUACAAUGUUUUUUAUUAUACACUCAGUUUGUGUGUGUUGUGGGGUGGUAUACCUGCGGAGUAUGUUAAGUUAUUUGCAUAAUUUAAUGCUGGGAUUAGUAAUUAUGUAUUUUUCUAUUUACAACCAUGUUUAAUUGAUCAUUUAAGUCAUCAAAUUAAGUUAAAAAAACAACUAUAUUGUGUUGAUUACAGGCUCCCAAAAGUGAUUCACUUGUGUUUCUCUA